AUGGCGACCUCGACACACCUGGGCGUCGCCAGCAUAGUGGCCGAAGCAGUCGCAUCGGCCUCACCAAGCAGUACACACCGCGUGGCACCUCAAGGCGGCAUCCUCGAGGGUGGUGACCCCAGCGUCUACAACUCAAGCAACCCGAUUAUACUGUUCAUCAUUCAGGCCGGCAUUAUCAUCCUCUUCUGUCGCCUACUACACUAUCCACUAUCGCUCCUCCGCCAGCCCCGAGUGAUCGCAGAGGUCAUCGGCGGCAUCCUCCUUGGACCGUCCGUCAUGGGACACGUACCAGGCUUCACCGCAACCAUCUUCCCAAAAGAAGCCAUGCCGAACCUCAACCUCGUUGCCAAUCUGGGCUUGGUACUUUUCCUCUUUCUGGUCGGCCUAGAAGUAGACCUCCGCUACUUCGUGAGCAACUGGAAAGUCGCACUUAGCGUUGGAACAGCGAGCAUGGCAUUACCGUUCGGGCUCGGUUGUGCCAUUGCUUGGGGCCUAUACAACGAGUUCAGGAAUGAGCCAGGCACGGUACCCAUCCAAUUCGGGACGUACAUGCUGUUCAUUGCUGUCGCCAUGUCCAUCACAGCUUUCCCUGUACUCUGCCGAAUAUUGACGGAGCUGAAGCUACUCCGCACUCCAGUGGGCAUCAUCGUACUAUCUGCUGGGGUCGGUAACGAUGUCAUUGGCUGGAUCCUACUGGCCCUUUGCGUCGCUUUAGUCAAUGCAGGAAGCGGCUUGACGGCACUGUGGGUUCUCCUGACCUGUGUUGGCUAUGUCCUGUUCUUGACCUUUGCGGUACGGCCAGCCUUCAUGUGGGUACUGCGACGGAGUGGAUCGCUCCAGGACGGACCCUCACAAUCCAUCGUUGCCUUGACCCUCAUCAUCACGCUGGCAUCGGCCUUCUUCACAGGGGUCAUUGGCGUUCACCCAAUCUUCGGAGCUUUCUUGGCUGGUCUCAUUUGUCCGCACGAAGGCGGGUUUGCAGUGAAGGUGACCGAGAAGAUUGAAGAUCUCAUCUCCGCCCUGUUCCUGCCGCUGUAUUUCGCAUUAUCUGGACUGAGCACAAACCUCGGUCUCCUCGACAGCGGCAUCACCUGGGCUUAUGUGAUCGGUGUCAUAGCUGUAGCCUUUUGCUCCAAAUUCGGUGGUGCCAUGUUCGCCGCCAAAGCAAGUGGUCUCGUCUGGCGAGAGUCGGCUGCCAUUGGCUCUCUGAUGUCUUGCAAAGGUCUGGUCGAACUGAUCGUGCUGAAUAUCGGCCUGCAGGCCAAGAUUUUGAGCUCGAGGACGUUCACUAUCUUCGUCAUCAUGGCCCUGGUCACGACGUUUGCCACUACGCCGAUGACAGCAUGGCUAUAUCCUGCUUGGUACCAGAGGAAGUUGGAAGCCUGGAAACGAGGUGAGCUUGACUGGACCACCGGACAUCCUUCGGAGGUCGACAUCGUGGCUGUACAGAAGCUGGGAUCGAAGAGAAUCGAGAGCCUACUGGUGUACUUACGCCUUGACAAUAUGCCUACAUUACUGGCGUUUGUGUCACUUCUUGGUGGGCCGCCUGGUGAGCUUGUGGCAAAGAAGCACCCCAUGCACGAGAAGGAGUCUCCUGUCGAGAGUCGGGUACCAAUCCUGCCUGGUGCCAAGUCGUCGAUUCAAGUGCAUGGUAUGCGGCUGUUGGAGUUGACGGAGCGUACUUCGGCAGUCAUGAAAGUGUCAGAAGUCGAUGACCUCAGCCUGUUCGAUCCGGUCUUGAACGCAUUCCGAGUACUUGGCCAGCUAUACAACCUCGCGGUGUCUGGCGAGACAAGUGUCGUGCCAGAAGCAUCGUAUGCGGAAACUCUAGUCAACAAGGCGGUGGAAGAUGCCUGUGACCUCCUUGUGGUACCCUGGAGCGAGACAGGCAACAUGAGCGAAGCGCAGGCUACACCCAAGGACAGCGUUCGACAUAAGCUGGGUAGCGAAGCCUACUCGGCAUUCGUAACCAAGACACUGGACAAAGCCGAGUGUACAACAGCAAUCUUUGUCAACAACGGUUUUAGUGGGAGCUCGAAGCCACGAAAGAUCACUCGCCAAAGGUUGAUGAGCGUAAUGAGCCUCCACGGUCCACGAGAGCACGCCGUACAACGACCGAACAUCAAUGGUCGCAGCCACCACAUCUUCCUCCCAUUCUUUGGAGGAGCAGAUGGCCGUGCCGCACUUCGUCUCGUACUACAACUAGCAGAGAACCCAGAAGUCACAGCCACGAUACUGCAUCUACUCGAUCCACAAGGAGGCCCAAAUUUGCGAGACUCGUCAGUAGUCACUGAACACGCUACGUUUACAGCAAAGGGCACAGCGUCUAGACCUGCACAGUGGCCAGACGAUGCCGCCUUCCUCAGCUCAAUGCAUCACGAUUUACUACCCGAAGUACAAGACCGUGUGAUCAUGGAAACACUUUCGAGCGUGGCACCGAUACAAGACGCCAUCCAGCGAGCACAAAUUGAAGUAGCGCAGGACACCAAAAACGGUGGCGAUGUGAUUGUGCUGGCACGAAGUAAUGUCAAUUCUGCCACGCCUUCAAGCGGACACUGUUUAGGCCAAGUGGCUGACAAGUUUGUCCAUGCGGGUGUGAGGGCUAGUCUGCUUGUGAUCCAGGCUAGAAAGGACAGUAACGAAUAG